AUGUACAAGACCGUCCUUGUCGUUGCUUUCAUUGCCGUCGCUGUCAUGGCAGCACAAGUUCAUGGCUCCGGUUAUGGAGGAUUUAUAGGAGGUUUUGGGGGUCUAGGAGGUGGAUACGGAGGCUACGGUGGAUAUGGAGGAGGCUACGGUGGAUAUGGAGGAGGCUUUGGAGGAUAUGGAGGAGGCUUAGGCGGAUAUGGGGGAGGCUUCAGCGGAUAUGGAGGAGGUCUCGGCGGGUUAGGAGGUGGUUAUGGAGGUGGCUAUGGAUUUGGAGGUGGAUUCGGAAAAGGCAAAGCUGUUGUGGUCCCAGUCUCUGUACCAGUCCCCGUGGCUGUUCCAGUGAAAGGCGGAUACGGUGGCGGCUACGGUGGCGGCUACGGUGGCGGCUACGGCGGUGGCUACGGUAAGUCUCUCAAAUAUUAG